AUGCACGGCCUGCAAAUGAAAUGCAUGGUAGUGCCGGACAAGGCUGGCGACUACCUGCCCAGGUGCUCCACACAGAUUGCUCAUCUCUAUCAGAAUAAGUGUGACUCCAAGCAAGCUAGCCCACCUCCAAACCAGCUCAAAUACAUUCACCGGGAGAACAGGAAUCUUCUCUGGGCUUCUUCCUCGCACAUUCUCAUACAGCUCCGCCCUCCACAACACGAUGAGGGAGGGGGUGAGAACAGAGAAAUCACCAACCAAUUGAUCCAGAAGUGGAUGGACGAUUGUGGCUUGAUUGCUUAUAAUCGACUACCCAGAUUGCCGACAUCUCGUAAAUUCAGCCUAUUCAAUGAUACAUACCUCCGAGAUCGCGAUGGAUGCAACAAAGGCAGCAGACAAGAAGGCUUUCCCCAGUUCUCCCAGCUCCCUGUCGAGCUGCGUCUCCAGAUCUGGACUAUGGCCCUUGGCCAGCACCGCUUCAUCCAUGUUGUCAUGUCUUCCAAGCCACUCAGCCCCGGAGACUCCAAGAUCUUGAUGGACCGCGGGAUCCAGUAUCCUUCAGAAUCUGUGUGGAGAAAGCCGUACCGCGUCUUCUUUCGAAACAGACCGUCUCCUUGCAUUCUAUUUCGAGUCUGCCGCGAAGCUGCCGAUGUAGCACGCGAAUUCUACAGAAUCCGGAUCCCGUGCUCUCGUAGGGGCUUCCAGCCGACGGGGCUCCCGCAGGACUACGAGUGUCCCAUGCUGCUGAGCCCAGAAUGGGACAUCCUCAACAUUCAACCUUACGAUACAGAUAUCAAUCCCCAACACCUCGUCGGUUUCUUCCACCUUCUCAAGAUAGGUGACCUGCGUGGCCUGGGCGCCGUCAACAUAUGUCUUGAAGAACGCCAGGUUAGAGCCCUCUCGCAGCUGGACCUCACCAAAGUACAGCCUCUCGUCCUGCAGUCCUACAGAGAGACUAUCGCCGGGCUGCACCGUCUCUAUUGGCGCAGCGACUUCACGGCCGAAGGACGUGGCAUGAUCCCCAUCAGCCAAGGCGACCGUGUCCUUCCCUGGUACAAUGUAUCCCUCCCUAUCAUGGUUGAGUCUGCUCCUCUGGACUUUGUCGGUCCUGACCCUCGCGCAAUCGCGCCCGACCUGCACCAGGUCUGGUUCGGCCGCGAUCCUCGACAGAUUCUCCCCCUCUGGAGGCAAGUCGAGAGCAAGCUUGGUGUCCGCGCAGGACAAGACGCGGGUGGUCAUCCUGUGCAGGUUCGAAUCAUCUUGGCGGGUGACACGUGGAGGGAGGACAACCUCAACCGCGGCGUGCAGUGUCAUCCCGUGGACCCUUACCUGCGCGACCGCAUGCUGGUGGACAUUCAUCUGACGCACGAGGUCAGAGACUUUCUCCAGCUGGUUGAUCGCAAAGUAUGGGGGCAGCUGUGGCGGACCGCCCUGCGACGAUUUGCCCCAGACAUGGGCUCCGCCAGCACGGAAGAUUUCAUUGACAAGCGGGCAUCGAACCCGGCGUUGGGAUUCUGGCUUAUUGAUCCGGCGUAG